CGAGGCGCCUGACGCUGAACCGCAGCCCCUUCUCAUUUCCAGUCCCGCAGGUCUCCAUUUUCUUUCCCGAUAUUCAGGAGCAGAGGAGAAAACAUUUGGAAAAAUGAAUGAAGAAUACGACGUUAUCGUUCUGGGCACCGGGCUUACGGAAUGCAUUUUAUCAGGCAUCAUGUCAGUGAAGGGGAAGAAGGUUCUGCACAUGGACCGUAACUCCUACUAUGGAGCCGAGAGUGCGUCCAUCACACCCCUUGAAGAUCUCUACAAGCGCUUCAACAUUCCUGGCAGCCCUCCUGAGUCAAUGGGAAAAGGCCGGGACUGGAACGUGGACCUCAUCCCUAAAUUCCUUAUGGCCAACGGUCAGCUGGUCCGCAUGCUGCUGAUUACACAGGUGACUCGCUACCUGGAUUUCAAAGUGAUUGAGGGCAGCUAUGUGUACAAGGCGGGAAAAAUCUACAAAGUUCCCUCCACUGAGACUGAGGCUCUGGCAUCUAGUCUGAUGGGGUUGUUUGAAAAACGGCGCUUCAGAAAGUUCCUGAUCUUCGUCGCCAACUUCGACGAGAAUGACCCCAAAACCAUGGAAGGCGUCGACCCUAACAAGACAACGAUGAGGGCCAUUUUCCAGAAGUUUAGCCUUGGCCAGGAAGUCAUCGACUUUACUGGGCACUCCCUCGCCCUCUACCGCACAGACGAUUACCUGGAUCAGCCUUGCAUUGAAACGAUAAACAGGAUAAAGCUUUACAGCGAGUCUCUGGCCAGAUACGGCAAGAGCCCAUACCUCUACCCACUGUAUGGCCUGGGAGAACUGCCACAAGGCUUUGCCAGGCUGAGUGCUAUCUACGGUGGGACGUAUAUGUUGAACAAGCCCAUCGACGAGAUCGUGAUGGAGAAUGGGAAGGUGGUGGGAGUCAAGUCUGAGGGAGAGAUCGCCCGGUGCAAGCAGCUGAUCUGUGACCCCAGUUACAUUAUGGAUCGCACCACCAAAGUGGGUCAGGUGAUCAGAGUCAUCUGCAUCUUGAGUCACCCCAUCGGCAACACUGGCGACAUCAACUCCUGCCAGAUCAUUAUCCCCCAGAAUCAGGUCAACAGGAAGCACGACAUCUACGUCUGCAUGAUCUCCUUUGCUCACAACGUGGCAGCACAGGGUAAAUACAUCGCCAUCGUCAGCACUACAGUGGAGACAAACAACCCCGAGAAAGAGAUCAAGCCAGCCCUGGACCUCCUGGAGCCCAUCGAGCAGAAGUUUGUCAGCAUCAGUGACCAGUACGCACCCACUGACAUCGGCACCGAGAGCCAGAUCUUCAUCUCCCGCACAUACGACGCCACGACUCACUUCGAGACCACCUGCGACGACAUCAAGGACAUCUAUCGGAGGAUGACCGGCUCAGACUUUGACUUUGCCGAGAUGGAGCGCAGGAAGCAGGACAUCUUCGGUGAUGCCGCAGAGUAGGGCCGAAAGCGUCCGCAACACUCCUGAUUAUCAAAGACAACGCUGCCGACAACUGAAAUCUUACAAAAAAAUAAAUAAAAAAAAUAGAAAACCUACACAAAAAUGUACACACCAGUGGGCUGGAUGAUUAUCCAAGUAUAUGGUUUGCCCAUUGAAGAAAUUCAUGAUAUAUAGAUAUAUGAUAUAGUAUUGUUGGAUAGGGUUCAGGGAGGGAGCUAUGCUUUUUCAAAUCACAUUCAGAUGGAUGUUUUAACUCAGCACUGGUUAUGCCUACUAUACAGUAAUACAGUAUACAUUCGACUGCUUCGUCACGUUGAGAUGAUGCAUAGUCCAAAGAUGCCAAAUAAAAUAAUUCAUAAUCAGUAGUAUCUUACACAGUGGGCGUGUAUGUGGAGGGGAAUCCAAUUUUUCAUUGUAUACAAGGUAUCUGGAAGAUUUACAAUAUCUGCACAUAAGUUAUUUUUUUCUCUGCAGGUAUUUUUCCUUGUCUGGGUGUGAGAGAAGUGGCUUGGUUUUUCUGUGCGUCUGAAUAAAAUCAUGCGAGUAGCUGAGUGUUCCUUGCAGGUUGUGGCGACUUGAGCACAUUCAGGCCCAUCAAAGGCAGACAGCCGUGUGAGGUGGCACCUCAGCUGCCAACUUCAGCAGUCAGGUUUUGUGGAAUAAAAUGGUUGAGGUGUAUGUGUUUGUGGGCUUGAUAUUUUUGUGUGUCUUUUACCCCCAGUGUUGUGUAAUCUCCAGCACAGCCACAGUAUACUGUAAACCAAGCCACAAGGUUGACCAUAGUCCAGCAUAAACUACCUGAACCUGUUUUCAACAGUCAGUUAAUAUAACACAUAAGUUGAGAUGUAUUAGUUCUUGUAUUAUGCAAAAUGAUGGAAAACCCGCAUUAACAGCAGAUUGAUGGGAAGUGUGGUCGACUGUAAUUGCUAAAGAAGGACCAAAUGUGUACUGCAGCAGUAUUGAACUGAUGAGAGCCCUGUGAUAUCUUCUGUUUUGAAUACCUGUUUAAAAAAAAAAAACAUCUUGGGCUCAAAUGAUUUCUGUACUGCAAAGUAAAAAAAACAA